AAAGCAUCUUCCGGAGGCCGCCGCCGAACUGCGUUCCUUUCCCCUCCGAAGUGCCCUGAACGAGGUUCAGAGAGGCCGCCGCCGCCACUGGAGGAGUGGAUCUACAGCCCUGAGACCUCCCGGCGUCCAGCUCCUCCGGCCCUUGCCCUUUGACCCUGCUCUCCCGGCGGGGUGAGAGGUCGGUGGCCAUCUUGUGGCGGCGGCGCCGGCGGCUGUUACUGCGGAGACCCAUCCCCCUCCCCCUUGCCCGCCUGGCUGCCUGUCAGUGAGUACAGAGUCUCGCGGGCGGUCUGGUGAGGCCCCGGCCUCCUGCCGUCGCUCUUCCCGCCGCACUGGGCGGCCCAGGCAGCUCCCCGCCGGGCCUCGCCGCCGCCACCAUGUCCUCCUUCUCGGAAUCCGCGCUGGAGAAGAAGCUCUCGGAGCUGAGCAACUCGCAGCAGAGCGUGCAGACCCUGUCUCUGUGGCUCAUCCACCACCGCAAGCACGCGGGACCCAUCGUCUCGGUGUGGCACCGCGAGCUGCGCAAAGCCAAAUCAAAUAGAAAGCUUACUUUUCUAUAUUUAGCAAAUGAUGUCAUCCAAAACAGUAAAAGGAAAGGACCUGAAUUCACUAGAGAAUUUGAAUCUGUCCUUGUGGAUGCUUUUUCUCAUGUUGCCAGAGAGGCAGAUGAAGGCUGUAAAAAACCUUUAGAAAGAUUGCUGAACAUCUGGCAAGAAAGAAGUGUGUAUGGCGGCGAGUUCAUACAGCAGCUGAAGCUGUCUAUGGAGGACUCCAAGAGCCCUCCCCCCAAAGCAACAGAGGAGAAGAAAUCUCUGAAGCGAACUUUUCAACAGAUACAAGAGGAGGAGGAUGAUGACUACCCUGGAAGCUACUCUCCCCAAGAUCCUUCUGCAGGACCCCUCUUGACUGAGGAACUAAUCAAAGCUUUGCAGGACCUGGAAAAUGCUGCAUCAGGGGAUGCUACUGUCCGACAGAAAAUUGCUUCUUUGCCCCAGGAAGUGCAAGAUGUUUCUCUGUUGGAAAAAAUAACAGACAAAGAGGCAGCUGAACGUCUUUCAAAAACAGUAGAUGAAGCAUGUCUGUUACUAGCAGAAUAUAACGGGCGCCUGGCGGCGGAACUGGAAGACCGGCGCCAGCUGGCUCGGAUGUUGGUGGAGUACACCCAGAACCAGAAAGAUGUUUUGUCAGAAAAGGAGAAAAAACUAGAACUCUCACUUUAUACUGAAGAAGUUAUGAAAAUCAUGUGUACUUCUGGAAGCUUUCAGAAGAAUCUUGUCUUGAUGAUAGCAUUGUGUCAUGAAAGCAGCUUCCGUCUGAGCUGGGCUCGUUCAAGUUCAGUACAGGCUUCCACUGAGGAAUUCAACCUGGAGUCAUUGGCUUUCCUGACUCCAUCAACCCCAAAGGGAGGCACAACUGUCGAGCAGCUUUGCCAUAAGGAGUUUGCUAAAUCUCUGAUUCUCCCCUACUAUUACUUCUGGCGAUGUAUAGUCAAUGGUUGGGUGCAUUUGUUUUGUAAGCAGACUAGAGAAUCUAGCAAGAAGAUUAGGAGCUGAUCUGGGACAUAAAAUCAUAGUUCAGAGACAGAGUAACAGGAAUUACAAGGAUGAGUUUAAAAUAAGUACUUUGCUUCAGGUUCCUACAAACAGGCUGCCCUUUUCAAGGGUCUACCCAGCGUCAUAGAACACCUUCCUAAAAACAGCCUUCUGACCCCAGUUGGCUAUGAAGGUGCUUGUUAGCAAUGGCAGUGGUGGGCCGAAAAGCUAAAGGCAUGCUAAGAGCCUGGGUUCUGUGUGGGUGCUGCUUUGACCCUUUCUUUUGGGGAGUAGGGCACACACUAACAAUUCACUGUGUGGACAUAUGUCCUCAGGAUGGUGACUGCACUUGCUUAUCUCCCUUGCAAAUAUGACACCGUGCAUGCUCAUCUGUCCGUCAGCCACAUCAUUGCACGUGUCCCUGUGCCCAGGAGUACUUUGUGUCAGAUGUUACUGAAUGGCUCAUCUUGGGCAGGGGAAGGGGGAAAGUUUGGGAUAUUAAUUUUGGGUUUUAAUUCUAUUAUCAUGCCAUCUGACAUUACUUGCUUUUUAGUAAAGGUUAGGCCUGUUAACUAUAAAUCAUUCUGUUUUGGCAGGCUUAUUUUAGACAUUGGAAAGGGCAGAAAACAAUUUGCCCCAAUAGUGUAAUAGGAAUUAUAGCCCAGAGGUUGAAAUCCCAAAGCUAUAAAAUGGGAUCCAGUGGAGGGGGUUUCAGAUUCUCCAUUAUUCUGAGGAUUACCAAAAAGCCAAUUACAUGUAAUUUUACAUGUUAAAAUAUAACCUAUGUUUUUAAAAGUAUAGCAGGUUUUUCUUAAAGGAGCCCUCCUGCCUGCCAAAAGUGAAAACAGUGAAAAGUCAUAGCAGGCAUUCAGUUUAACUCUGUGUAGAACCUAGUAGCAUUUAAGCUAUUUUCAGAUUAGAAUGUGGACUGUGUUGAACACUGCCUGUUGUCCUGUCAUGAUUAAAUAAUGAGUCUAUAUAUAAAAUUUUCUCCCAGAGGCCAUAGGGCAGUGGGUGACUUUACUAAAAUUGCAAGAUGAAUUCGAGUCUUUGCUCUUUCUGCACAUAUGCCUCUCCCCAUGUGGUGUGCUGCUUUAGUUCUACCUAAGAGCAUGUUUCUGAACAGAUCCUUGGACAUUCUGUAUGUUUUCAUCAAGGAAGGAAAAUUUUACUAGCCACAAAUCAACCCAAAAAAAGGGUAUGGUAGAUAUUUGCUCUGAUCAGCUAGAUGAAACGUUAUAACAGAAUGAAUCUUGCCCACUGUGAUGUUUUAUCUGAUUGCAUCUAACCAGCCAUUGGUGCAUAAUUAUUGCAGCAAGAGCAAGAAAUGAAACUAGCAAUUAUGUAAAUGAAUAUGAUGGCCUCUUAACAUCUGUUACUACUAGUGGACUUCCUGUGAGGAAGUUAGUUUUGGUAUUUUUUGUUGUUGUUUUAAUGAAAUGCUUUUGUUUUUUUUAAAUCUAAUUCUCCCAUAUCCUUCCCAGGUGUGCUUUACUUCAUUUGUUUAAUUUAAGGAUCUGGCAGGGUGGGAUGGGUGGUUUGUGUUUUGUGUUUUUUCUUCUUUACUUAGGGCAUCCAUAGACCUUAAAGGACCUUUCCUUUAGGUCAUAUUCCUCAGAAAGUCUUCGUUCUUUCCCCCCCUUUUUUCUUAAAGAAUAUUUUUAAAGCUUAAAUUUGUAUAUUAAUUUAGGUCUUUAUUUAGAAGUAUAGGCUGUCUUUGGUGGCAGCAGUAUAUUCUGAAAUGUCUCAUAGAUAUAUAUUUUUGAAUAAAGAUGGUGUUGUUGAAUGACA